AUGCGACUUGCGAUCGUUAUAGCUCUGAUACUUAUAGUUGUCCAAGUGCAGGCUGGCUUGUUGGGUGAUAUUUUUGGUGGUGGCGGUGGUGGAGGUGGUGAUCCAAACAAUGGUGACCAGCAACAACAUAACAAUCCACAACCAUCAUCAUCACCCACGCAAGCCAACCCUGCUCAACCCUCCAACCACCCACAACAACAACAACCAAGCAAUUCAGUUAGCAAUCCACAGCCAUCCGCUAGUGUAACAGCAUCAAACAAUCCACAACCAUCACUAUCCAAGACCCAUCCCACAUCUACAUCUGAUUCACAACCAUCACCCAGUGACAACAACAAUGACCAGAGCAACAAUUCGGAUGCUACAAAGAGCCCAACAAGUGAUAAUACAAGCACGAGGUCCGGAGAUUCGACACAACAACAACAACAACAGCAUAAAGGACCAGGUGGGAUAAGUACCACUGUUAUUAUUAUUGCAUCUGUUGCUGGAUUUGUGAUUGUGGUGGGAAGUGCUCUUGCCUUGGUAUUGUGUGCCAAACGACGUCGACGACAAAGUAAAAAUGACAAGCUUGCAGCAGCACAGGAGAUGCAUGAUUUCCCCUACGAAAGCAACCCUUCACCUGUCAUGAUCAACGAAAAGGAGCCUCCUACUAAUAGCAACAACAACCUUUACAACACUACUGUUACUUCUCCGCAUGUAUCACCGCCUGCUCUCCAUACAUCACCACCGGCUAACGAAUACACUUACAAUGAUGCAUACUAUGCUCCACCAAUGCAGCCUUCUGCUACGGCAUAUCCAACUUACGAUGCUCAUCAACAUUACUAUCAACAGCCAGCAGCAGCAGCAGCAGCAGGGCCUCCUGUAUAUGCAUCCCCCAAUGCCUAUGAAGAUGUGCACCGACCCAAUGCUUAUGAUGAUCAACAACAAGCAGGAUAUCCAUAUUCACAUCAACAACCAAUGCAUCGAUGGUGA